AUGCGGCUAAUUUUUGGAUCGUUUGUCGCCGUAAUUUUGCUGUUAACGAUUAAAACAACAAGAGCGGAGAUAAUUAAUUGCGACUUUUACGACACUGUGGAUAUUUCAAGUGGUGAAAAGUAUCCGAACGGUUCGUACUUAUAUGACGGCUUACUGAUUCCCGCCGACUGGGUGGCUGAGUAUAACUUCACGCUUUCGCCCAAUGGCUCCAAAGAAUUUGUGCCGAGCUACAUGAGAGGGUGUGCCUGCAAACUAAGGCCCUGCAUUAGGUUUUGCUGCCCUCACAAUCACAAAAUAAGGAGCGGCAAAUGCGUUGGUGAAAUGUCAAUAGACGAACUGGAGAGCCACAAUCGCUACGUGAACGUGACCCUCAACAACGGAACGGUGGCCAAAAGACACUUUAAAGAGGAUCUAGUCGUCCAAUCGGAUCUGCCCUUGCCCUGUGGUGACGAAAGCAUGUAUGAAUUAGAUCACACAAAGCCUGGACACGGCUUCACACUGUUCGAGAAUGGAACCAUUUUUCGGGCUUGGGACAGUGUGUACUUGAAUAAGGCGCAAUACUGCGUGCAGCACAUUGAAUUUCAGGGUGAUAGUAUUCGCAUUGCUCCCCACUUUUGCCGUCUUGAAACCUCGAAAACCGGGCAGAGCGUCGUGAUGAUAAUAUCAUUGAUAUGUAUGGUUCUCACGAUCAGCGUGUACCUCUACGUGAAGAAGCUUCAGAACUUGCACGGAAAGUGCUUUAUGUGCUACAUGGUCGCCCUGUUCAUGGUUUACCUACUCCUGCUCCUCGACUUGUGGCACUUUUUUACACUGCCCUCGACCAUAUGCACCACAUCAGGAUUUCUGGGCUACUUUUUCGUCCUGGCAGCGUUCUGUUGGCUUUCUGUCAUUAGUCUGCAUCUCUGGAACACGUUUAGCGGCCCCGCCCAUUCGCUGAACCGAUUCCUGCCUGAACAUCGAUUUCUGGCCUACAACAGUUACGCUUGGGGCAUGGCACUGGCUAUGACCGGUGUCACCUUCCUGGCUGACAAGGUUAUAGAGGACAGGGACUGGGCUCCUCGUAUGGGCACCACUCAGUGUUGGAUCUACACUGGCGACAACGUUGGCUUGCUGUACUUCUAUGGGCCGAUGUUACUGUUGAUUGUUUUCAACAUAACCAUGUUCAUCCUGACUGCUAUUCGCAUAGUAAAAGUAAAGAAGGAAGUCCAAAACUUUACCCAACAGCAAAGAAGAACCAACAAGCUGAACUCGGACAAACGAACUUACACCUUCUUCCUGCGUCUCUUCAUCAUCAUGGGUUUGUCGUGGAGCUUGGAGAUUGUGUCCUUCCUUGUGAGCCGUGACUCUUUCUGGCGUAAGGUUUUUGUGGUGGCCGACUACUUAAACUGGUCCCAGGGCACCAUCAUAUUCGUGCUGUUUAUCUUGAAGCCGAGCACUCUAAAACUCUUAAAGGAUCGGGGACAACCAAAAUACACCUGGAGUGCCACCACUACGAAAUCGAGAGAAGGUUGAAGUGCGCAUUUUGCAAGUGAGGGUCUGUAGUUGAGUAUUUAUUGGUAGGAAGUCUCAUUUCUUCCUAGCCUACAACUGGAAGAUUUUCGAAGUUUUAAGGAUGGAGCAGCACUCGCACCCACUCGGAACCUUAACUACCUCAAAUUUUACACGGGAGCUUAACGUGUAAAUUAAGAAUAAAAAACAUUUCAUUACGACC